GUUGCGGCGCCGCUACGUUUUGACGCGAAUGUCAUUCACUAUCAUACAAGUCCCCACGUGAAACGGUCCACCGGACAAACCCGUUUAGUCAGUCGCGAUGUUAUUCUAUGGUACCUGAGUCGGGAUCAUAAACUUCUGAUGACAGUUUUAUUUCUUCGAGCACGCGCCAGCGUUUAGUGUUGUGUUUAUUGGUCUAUAAAGUGCCCAGAGAUAUUUAUGACUCUAGCUCUGACCGCGGAACCGCGCUAUGUAAUUUAUUGUUGAACGUUUUCUGAUUACCAAAACUAAAAUGAGUUCGUACCAGUUCGUUAACUCCUUGGCGCAGUGCUAUGGGCAGCAAGGGCGGCCAGGGGGCGACCAGCCUCACCAGGCUGCAAGUCCUGGAGGAGAUUACUACAACCCCAACGCUGCUGCCUCUGGUUAUCCACCAACUUGCUACUCGCCGCCCCAAGUAGGCCCACAGUACCCUCCACAUCCUUAUGCAGCACCUGCUCCUGGGCAUAGUUUGCAGCCCAUGGGGGACUACACCCAGCUCCAGCCCCAGCGCAUUGCUACCAAUCCUUCCCACAUGCACCACGCUAGCCCAGGUGGUCAAAGCCCCGGAAUGCUCAAUGCCACAGCGAGUUGCAAGUAUGCUGAUUCAACUUCGUCUACUGGAGUAGCCUCUCCUCAAGACCUGAGCACUAAUGGUCCUCCUACCAGGGCUACUCCUCCGCUAUCCAGUGCCCAAGCGAGCAAUAAUGCCAACGCGACGAUUACGUCUAAAAGCUCCGGACUAACUUCUCCCUUGUCAGUGAGUACUUCACCCUCUGGAAAACAAGUCUCAGGCUCCACAGUCUCACAGAACUUGUCCUCUCCAGCCUCAAGCACCAGCUCUACAUCCAGCAACGAGAAACCCGGGGGGAACAACAACAACUCCAAAAGCGGAUCUUCGUCGAAUCCUCCCCAGAUCUACCCCUGGAUGAAAAGGGUGCACCUGGGCCAAAGUACAGUCAAUGCAAACGGAGAGACAAAACGACAAAGAACCUCCUACACCCGCUACCAAACCCUGGAGCUAGAGAAAGAGUUUCACUUCAACCGCUACUUGACGAGAAGAAGAAGAAUCGAGAUCGCCCACGCCCUCUGUCUGACAGAGCGGCAGAUCAAAAUCUGGUUCCAGAACAGGAGGAUGAAGUGGAAAAAGGAACACAAGAUGGCCAAUUUCCACCUGGCGUCCCUCCAGGACGAAGGAUAUGCAUUCCACCAGGCCAUGGGGAUGGGAGGUAUGGGAGGCAUGCAACGUAGCCUCUACGCUUGCGGGAGUCCUUACAGCUAGCCCUGGGCCACCUACAACGGAGACUGCGGCCCUUCCUAGGCCCGAAUCGGAUAAUGCAGCAGUCUUCGGGUCAUGGUAACACGAUGGUUUAUCUUGUGAGUCCGGGUGGCAGUUAAGAAAUGAGGAAUUCACUUAAGACAUAGAGGAAGGAAUAUUUUUUGGUCGGAACGUAAUGAUGAAUUCAUGUGUUGAAAAUGUUUGUGUCAUUAAUGAUUAAAUCUGAUAUGGUUUGAUGACAAAUUGAGUUUCACUUUGAUUUGAAACUACUGAGGCAUAGUAUUUUUUCAGUGAACACUAAAAUAGUGCCAAUUAUCUAUAACUGACAGUUGACAGACCAAGCUUUCGACAGAAUGAAGUGUUGCAUACCUAUAAAAGUUACUUCAAACUAUAGGUUAUCUAUAGUCGUUAGUUCAAACCGUCGAUUAGCUAUAUUCAACAGUACGAACUGCCAAUCACACGUUGUCGACAGUUUAAUCUGUCUAUAAUCAACUGUUCAAACUAUAAAUUAUCUAUAGUCGACAGUUCAAAUUAUUUAUUGGCAUUAUUCAACAGUUUAAAGUGUCAAUCACCUAUAAUCAAUGGUUGAAAUUGUCAAAUAGCCAUAUUCGAUAGAUUAAACUGUCGAUUAUAAGUAAUCUUCAGAUUAUCUGUAGUCGACAGCUCAUACUAUAGAAGAGCGAUUUUCGACAGAUUGAAGUAUUGAUUACUUAUGAUCUGAAUAGAUUGAUCCAUCCAUUGAAACUGUCGAAUGGCCUUAUUCAUUUACUUAUAUCACACAGUUGAAACUGUGGUUUGAUAUUUCAAACCAUAAAUUAUUGCCUGUCGACUUUGUUGAAACUGUCAACUUUGGCUAAUAGAUAGUUUGAAUAGUAGAUUAAAGAUAAUCGACGGUUUGAACUUUCAAUUGUGGGUAAAUUUCAGACUAUCGAAUAAAAAUAAAAAUACUGUAUAGCCGCUCUGAGUCUAUAUAAAACUUAACGUCUUGUGUGUGGAUUUUGAAAAAACUGGUCAGUUCGAUGGUCCUGCCUUUUACUAUCAAUAUUCUUUUUUUAACAAACAAUAUGAUCAUCACAAAAGGAUAUCUACUUGUUAAUGCCUCAGGGCCUAUUAGAAAUUAUUGCUGAACUUGGAAUUUAUUUAACAGGGGAUGAAUAGUUAUAAAAUCCUUCUUUUCAUAGACCAAAAAUACGGGGAGAGUAAUUUCUUUCAUGUAUAAUUUUUCGAGUAUCUCUAUUAUUUGAAAUAAAUCAUGUAUCAUUACUCAGCUAAAUACAGAUAGAGCACAUGGAUCAAGACGAUGAUUUUUUUCAUAUUCGUAAUUGUUUUAGAAAUAUUAUAAAAAAAAUAUCAGAACAAAUUUUUAAUAUUGAUUUUGUUUCUGUGAAAACAUAUCUGUGAUCCCAAAGGUGAUGGAAAGUGGGAUAGACUAUCUCUCGAAAUUUUCAAAACCAUCAGAUAUGUAACUCCUCAGCUAGAGAAUUGUUGUGUAUUUUUUGUUAUUCAAGUAAAAUGCGGUUGUUUCUUCAAUUAUAUAUUUUUCUUUUGCCUCAUUAUAUGGUUGCAACAAAUUUCCUUGUUGAAGUAGAAUUAUUUGCUAUCCACACUGAAUAAUACAAUUUUCUGUGAGAUUUUUGGAAUUUCAUCGAUGAAUUUCCAGAUUAUACCGAAAACUUUGUUAUUUUUGCAACCAGCGGUGGAUCAAACCACUCUUUCUACGGACUUGUGGUUUUUCAUGAUGGUUGCUCUCAAAGUAUUACUCAUAAAAAUACUUGCUGAUACUAUUCAAAACUAUCGCCGAAAUUAUCGGAUUUUCAUUUAUAAUAGACAUUCAUUCAAUUUUUGAAUAAUAUCACCUAUCAAUCGUCUCAACAUUUUUCAUUUUAAAAAUUUAAACUCAUGAAUUUUUCUCAAGAAAUAUCAUUUUGUUAGGAAACUUUGAACUACAAAGAUGAGUGUGAUAUAUUAUGUAAAUUAGAUAUUACUUUCACUGGGAUUGGAAUUUGUAAUUCUGAGGUCAACAGUUAUAAAAUAUACAUAUAACUUUCAAUAUGUUUGAUACAUGGUACUACCAUGAGCUCAUUGAUUUAUUUGCUUUACAUUACGGUUAUUUUUCCGUAUAUAAAUGAAGAUUUCUGUUCUAACAAUUUUGUAAUGAACGUUGAACAUAUAAAGGUUAACUUUGAGAAUGAUACACAAGUAAACUUCCAUUAAUUUAUUAUUAUAACACAGUUAUUUCAAAUAAUCUACCGAUACCGAAAAUUUCCAUCUGGUACAUAUUACAAGCGGAUAUCCAGCAAUCAUUUUUAUUGUUAAAUUCAGAUAUCCUACUACCAGUCUGCUACAGCAUUUCUAAUGACCCCACUGAAGUGGUUGAAAUACUAUAAUUUACCUACCAAUUUCUUAUAACUAACGGGUUAGAAAAGACAGUUGGUCAGUUCUUAAUUCUUUGGCAAAUUCUCAUCAAACGAUUCAGUCUCUUCAACUUUUUACUGUGCUCGAAUUCAUCAUUACUGAAAUGUUUUACAAAAACCCUUGGGGAUGUUCCCUAACAACUGCCACUAAGUUUCACGAAAUGAAAGAUGAAACAUCGUGAAGUACCAUGAUUGAAUAAAGUAUAUUGGUUUUGUGCCAAUGAACAUUGAAAAAGUUUUCUGAACUGCGUCAAAUAGUGCGCAACAAUUAUGCAAGUUCGUUAAAUUCACUGUGUAUACGAAAUAAUGUCAAUACAAUAAAAAUAUUUGUUAUUUUUCAUAACUGAUUCGGGUAAAAACUGCUGAUUCUGAUAGAGUAUUAAGUAGCCUACGUCUAACGAAAAAUAUGUUUUUUCAAAUUGUCCGUCAAAACAGGUCAUUUCUCCAAUGAAACUCUGAUUGUUCAAGUUUUUGAAAUGAAAUACUUUACUGUAAUGCACUGUUUGGAACCUUUUUUAUAGUAAUGAAUAUUACUGGAGU